UUUAACAUUUGAAGUUUUAUAAAUUAAUUGCAAAUAUACACCAAUUGUUACUGAUUAAUGAUUUAAUUACGAGCAAACAAUAGAUUAAUAAAAGUCGUAAACGCAUUGAACAUUGGUAGUUCAAGAUUUCUAAUGUUAAUGUCCUGAAACUUACAUUAAAGUUCUGAAUGGAGCUGCUGAUGAAGUACAAUCAAUCCAACUGUAACCCAAGACACUCAAACUCUUAAAUGACAUGAACAGGGAGACCUCUGGUGUGUGUUGACUCCUUUAAUAACGAUGCAUCUCUGUCAUCUGUAAAACCAACAGCGUGUUGACAAAUCUCCAAAAUGGACAACAUCACCUCCGACUCCAACACGGGACUUGCCCUCGCCUGUAACAUGACAGGACACCACAGUUUCAUCUUCACCUUCAUCCCAGUUGUCUACAGCUUCAACUUCAUCAUCGGACUCAUAGGCAACAGUCUGGUAGUCGCCGUCAUCUACUUCUGCUUAAAACUGAAGACAGUCGCCAACAUAUUUGUCUUCAACCUAGCCGUUUCAGACCUGACCUUCCUCCUCACCCUUCCCAUCUGGGCCAUUUCCACUGCAACAGGCUACCGUUGGCUUUUUGGAGACCUCCUAUGUAAAACAAUAGCCGGUAUGGCUCUCCUUAAUCUAUAUACUAGUAUUUUUCUCCUCACCGCUCUCAGCGUUGACCGAUAUUUGGCUAUUGUUCACCCUGUCCAGUCUAGACGUUGCCGUACGGUGAUCUACGCCCGGGUGACAUGCGUGCUAGUUUGGGUGGUAUCAUUUGGCCUAAGCUUGCCCACAGCUAUCAUCCGUGGGACCCAUUUCAUCCAGGACAGCAAUGUCACCGUAUGCGCCAUUCAUCACAAAGAAGACAUUCGUAAUGUCCUGGCAGCUCUCAGUCUGAUGAAGAGCAUUUUUGGCUUUCUUCUGCCCAUCACCGUCAUCCUCACGUGUUACUGCCUGAUUGGUCGAGCUCUGCCUAAAGCGAGGGACAUUCAGAGGAAUGCCAGGUCAAACGGGGAUGAGGUUUUGAGCAUGUUGGCUGCUGCCGCCCUGUCCUUUUUCCUUUGCUGGGCUCCGCAUCAGAUCUUCAACUUCAUGGAAAUGCUUCUCCUGCUCAAAGUUAUCACUAGCUGCGACGUCGUGGACAUCAUCGACACCGGGAUGCCAUUCUCCAUUUGCAUCGCCUUUUUUAACAGCUGCAUGAAUCCAAUAUUGUACAGCUUUGUUGGGAAGAACUUCCGGAGGAACUUGUUGAAGCUCCUGAGGUGCUCCUCGACGUCUGUGGCCUCUCAUCCGGCCCUCAGCACAAAGAUGAGCUCACUUUCAUAUCGAGCUUCUGAGUUAUCGCACCUCUCUGUCCUUAAAACCCCCUCGCUACCUCGGGCCACAUGAGAGGAAGAGCGGAAAAACAGGAAGAGAGUGAAUCAUCUUUCCUAGUUUACCGUGAUUCAAUUCAGAAAGUGACUCUUGUUUAGUGACUGGUGACUUGGUAAUGGAAUGGGAAUAAAAAUAUAGUGAUUCAACUGUCUUUUUUGGGUCACAACCACAUUUAGGAGGGAUAACUCUAGUAUUGGGUUAUGAGUGUGGUCUUAAUGCAUGUUUUUCUGUGUUUAUUUAGAAGUGAAAAGAAAUUUGAAAUAUCCAAGAAGCCACGUUUAGAUCAUUCAUUCAUUAAUUUCCCUUUGGGCUUAGUCCCUUUAUUUAUCAGGGGUCGCCACAGCAGAAUGAACCGCCAACUUAUCCAGCAUAUGUUUUAUGCAGUGGAUGCCCUUCCAGCCGCAAUCCUGUACUGGGAAACAGUACUAUUCAAUUCAACUACCUAUAGCACAUGUCUUUGGACUGUGGGGGAAACCGGAGCACCCGGAGUAAACUCACACAAACACAGGGAGAACAUGCAAACUCCACACAGAAAUGUCACCUGACCCCGUUGGGGCCCGAACCAGCAACCUUCUUGCUGUGAGGCGAGAGUAUAGAUGAUUAUGUAAAUAUGUGCUGUGUUUUCCUUUCAAUAACAGAGUAAACAUUCAACUACAGUUACAGAGAUGAUAAAUAAGCAGUUAAGAAAGCAUGUGGACAUGCUAGCUAUGUUUUGAUCCGAAGAUGCAGAUUAAACUUAUGUACAAAACUGGAAUAUCGCACAAAACAUUGCGGAUAAAGCAGCAUUCCAUUCAGUGAAUCCAAGAGAGCAAAAUAGUCACUUCCUGAUCAACUGUCACGAAAUAUCAGCAAGAAAAAUUUAAUUUGCUGUGGUUGGAGCAGCCACUGUGGGCUUUUUUCUUAUAUAGUCAAUUUUGUGCACCUCAGAAGAUGAAAUGUAAUGAAAGCGUAGUGACUUUUGAGACAUGAGACUGCUCUUGGGCACACAGCCACUCAAGACUCUCAGGUUCUGGAGAUAAUAAUACAGAAUUACUUUAAAGAUGGGGUUUGAGGCAUUUUAAAUGACUAAAACAACAAUUCAGAUGUGUGGUUGGUUUGCUGGUUUGCCCAUUAAUGCUGUCUCAUCGCCCCUUAUUUUGAGAGGGGUCUGGAUGCAGACUUGGUGGCGCAGUUGCAAUCUGAGCUGCAUUUUUAUUGCACACACAUAUCCCCACCCCUAGCUACCCCUCACAACCCCUCACAGUGAUGUCACUAGCUCCAUUGUUUGCAUUGUGUCUGAUAUUGCAAGUUCGAGACUUGCAGUUUCAGCUUGCAUAUUCAAGGAUGCAUCCAGAUACUAUUGGAGAGCACAUAAAAAUAGUUAAGACUUAUUUUUUAUUAUUGCCACGAAGGUACUGUGUAUGUAAAUUUAAUCCAAAACCACGUGUGUAUAUAUUGUUUGUAUGAAUUAAUGUUAAAUGUACAACAGUCUUUUCUAACCCAAACUUGUUUCUAGCAUCCUGUGUUUCACAGCUCCAUUGAUUAGUCCAGGGGUUUUCAAACUUAUUUAUGACACUCAAAUAUGAUCCUUUUGUGAAUUGCAAGGAAUAUUCUUGCUACAAUAUGAAAGCCAAUUCUUUGUAAAUGUUGUGUAUAUGAAAUGAUGUAUUAUG